AUGUUCUUGUCUUUGGCAAGCAGCCUUGCGAUUGCCUCUGCUUCCUCGGUCCUGCAAUUGAAGCGUGCCGUCUCACCUGACGAUACUUGUGGCAACACUGGAGCUGGCACCAAGGGCUACACAUGUGCUACUGGUCAAUGCUGCUCUCAAUACGGCUACUGUGGUAGCACCACUGACUAUUGCGGCGAUGGUUGCCAGAGCGCAUUCGGCACCUGUACCGCGGGAACUGGCACUGGCGAUGGUGGCGACGGCGGUAGCUCCAGCGGCCGUUGCGGUCCUACCCAAGGAAAUGCUGUCUGCAGCUCGACCGAAUGCUGCUCUGCCGAAGGGUAUUGCGGCACCACGGUUGAUCAUUGCAAGGCUCCUGACUGCUUGUUCCAAUAUGGGCCGGCUUGUGAUGCUAACAAGAUCCCUGCUGGCACGAACACGUCGACCUUGACCCGAUCGAAGGUGGGCACUGUCCUUUACGGCGGUGCCGGCAUCUACGACUGCGUGGAGACUGGGGUUGUUGCCUUGACCUACGACGAUGGACCGAGCGAAUACACCAGCGACCUGCUCGACCUUCUCGCCAAGUACAGUGCUAAAGCGACGUUCUUCAUCACGGGUAACAACAAUGGCAAGGGUGAGAUCGACAACGCCAGUUUGCCGUGGCCUGCAGUCAUCAAGCGCAUGCACGCCGAUGCGCACCAGAUUGCCUCUCACACGUGGUCCCAUGCCGACCUGUCUGCCAUCACUUCGGUCCAGCGCAAAAACGAGAUGAUCAAGAACGAGAUGGCCUUACGAAACAUCUUGGGCUUCAUCCCCACUUACAUGCGCCCGCCUUACUCAUCGUGCACCGCCGCUAGUGGCUGCGAGUCUGACCUGGCUGCUCUGGGCUACCACGUCACUUACUUCGACCUUGACACACAGGACUACCUCCACACCACAGCCGACUUGAUCCAGACGUCCAAGGAUGUCUUCGAUCAAUUCUUCGUCAGCCGUAGCAACACCACCGACGACGCACUAGCCAUCGCCCACGAUAUUCACUUUCAAACCGUCUAUAAUCUAACCGAGUACAUGCUCCUCGGCCUCCAGACCCGCGGCUACCGCACCGUCACCGUUGGGGAGUGUCUUGGCGAUCCGGUUGCGAAUUGGUAUAGAAUUGACAGUGCGGCUUCUGUAAGUUCCCAGGUCAGCUCUACUACUUCCAAGGCUACUUCCACGCCCAAGGUUUCUUCUACUGCCAAGGCCACUUCUACUCCCAAGACAUCUACUACCAAGGCCACUUCUACUAAGGCCACUUCCACUAAGGCCACUUCCACUAAGGCCACUUCUACUUCCAAAACUUCUGCUACUACCCAAAUGACUCCUACCACCAAGUCCUCUUCCACUUCCACCAGGCGUGCCACUACCACUACUUCCCCUUCCCCAUCCACAAACAAUUCAGGUCAGUAG